UGCUGACCCGUCUAAAACCCUAACCCCCAAAACCCAACUUCAUUUUUUACCUCUUCGUCUCUCGCACUCUCAGAGAGGGACAGAGAAGAAGCCUGGCUGGUCAUCAAUGGCAAUGGAGACAAUAAGCGAAGAGUCUGGGCCCGAAGCCCUGCAGCGCCUGAGGGGCACGGACCCGCCGGUGUGGCUGGCGCCGAGCCCCGCGCUCUCUCAAAUGGCUCGAGCCGCCUCGGAGCACCUCUUCGCGUCGCUCAGGCCAUUCACGCCCAAAACGCCCUUCGACAAGCUCUUGACCAAGGGUUUCGACGCCGAGCAGGUAUGGCAGCAAAUCGACCUCCAAGCGCUUCCCCUUCUGUCAACUCUCCGCCGCGAUGUGAAACGGUUCGAGAAGAACCCAAAAGAGAUCUCGAAGCUCAAGAAGGUUCUAGAGGUUGCAAAGAAGGAACCAGAGGGUGGGAGGAGUGUCGUGGAAGAGGAAAGUGAGGAUUUUGAUGGAUUUGAUGAGGAAUUGGAUGAGGAGGAGGAGGAGGAAGAGGAAGAGGGGGAGAGGGGGAGUGAGGGUGGAGAGGAGGAAGAGGAAGGUGCAGGUGGUGGGAUUGAAGAUGGGUUUUUGAAGAUAAAGGAAUUGGAGGAGUUUUUGGAGGAGGAUGAAGCUAGGGAAUAUGGGUUAAAGAAGAAGGACAAGAAAGAGGUGAAGAAAGUUGAUGGGUUGGGUCUGAAUGACGACGAUGGUGAAGGUGAAUAUGAAGAUGAAGAUGAAGAUGAAGAUGAUGAAGAUGAUGAUGAGCUUGGAGAUUUUGGGCAUGGUGACGAUGAAGAUGCGGACAAGUUGGCGAGUUAUGGAGAUUUUUUUGGCGCUAAGAAGAAAAAGGCUGCCAAACAAAAAUCAGAAUUGAAAGAUGUGUCAGAAGAGUCAGACAUGGAUGAUGAACAAGAAGAAGAUGAUAAUACAUUUGAAAAUAAGAAGCAAGAGACUGUUUCCACCCAUGAAAAAGAACUUGAGAAGCUUCGAUCUACAAUAGAGCAGAUGGAAAAAGCAAACCUGGAUCCAAAAGCGUGGACUAUGCAGGGAGAGGUAACUGCUGCAAAAAGGCCAUUGAACAGUGCAUUAGAGGUUGAUCUUGAUUUUGAGCACAAUGUGAGACCUGCCCCUGUAAUCACUGAGGAAGUUACAGCAUCACUUGAAGAUUUGAUAAAGAAAAGGAUCCUUGAGGGGCGGUUUGAUGAUGUUCAAAAGGCUCCCAUGUUGCCCUCUAAAGCACCGAGAGAAGUUAAAGAGUUGGAUGAGAAUAAGAGCAAGAAGGGUCUUGCUGACAUCUAUGAGGAAGAAUAUGUUCAGAAGACAGAUCUGGCUUCUGCCCCGUUGUCAUUCAAGGAUGAACAGAAGAAAGAGGCAAGUAUGUUGUUCAAGAAGGUUUGCUUAAAGCUGGAUGCUCUUUCUCAUUUCCACUUUGCUCCCAAACCUGUUAUAGAGGACAUGUCUAUACAAGCAAAUGUCCCCGCUCUAGCAAUGGAAGAGAUUGCACCUUUGGCAGUCUCGGAUGCAGCUAUGCUGGCUCCUGAGGAAGUGUUUAGCGGCAAAGGAAAGAUUAAAGAAGAAGCUGAGCUUACGCAGGCAGAGAGAAAGAGGAGGAGAGCUAAAAAGAAAAGGAAAAUUAAAGCUGAGGCAGCUAGACGAACUGCAAAGAAGCCACGAGACAGCACAUCCCUAAACCAUGAUCAUGACAAAGAAGGAAAAUGAGAUCUUGCAUACGAGAAAAGUGCAAGGGGCUCCUUAAAGCCUUCCUACUUCGAUUGUGGUUGCAACUCAAGGACAGCUAAGAUAAGGGAAAGCCAGAGAAGGAAGGAGAGGGUGGAGUUUCUCCCCCAAACAUCGCAUUCCCCCAGUUGUAGCUUACCCUUCUGACUUCUGGUGGAAUUGUAAAGAAACCCACAUGAAAGAGGAUGAAAAGGGUUGAAGCAUCAUAUCUUUCACUUGUCAUCUAUUAGAAUUCUGAGGUGAUCAAUUUUUGUUAUGUGAUUUUGUCUCUAAAUUAUUUUGCUAUCCUGGGUGCAUGCAGAUCCUAUUGAACAAGUAUAUUUCUUUAUGUCAGUUACAUUCUUUUA